CUCGCGGGCCGGGUGCGUGCGCACGCGCGCUGCCCCCCGGAGGCGUCUGGGUGUGCGGAGCGCGCGCGCGUCUCGGAGGCGCACCUGUGAGGUGUCCCCGGAGGCGGAGGGAGGGCGGUGCGCGGGGCCCGCGGCCUGGGGCGCUGCAAGCCCUCACUCGGAGGCGCCCCCGGGACUCGGGGCCGGGCAGGAGCCGACUCAGGUGAUGCGGAGCCCCGGGCGCACCCCGCGCAGAAGGCCGCCGCCGCCCGCCGCCUCCAUUGUCUGACCACGGCCCGGCCCGACCUGCAGCAGAUAGCAACUUGGCACAACCUAUCAAAAUAAGAAACAAAAAAAAAAGACCUCCGGAGGCGGGGCUACAGAGCAGCAGCAGCUGUGUCUUUCUCCUUUCCCGGGUCAACUAGGAAUACCAAAGGAGACCACCUGGGACCACAAGACAGGACUAGAACAACUUCAGGAACCCACCAAAUCACCGCUCAGCAGCAUCCUCAGGCUUUGACAACCCUUCAGCCACUGUGGGCCCUGCAUCGUCUUCCUCUUCUGGAAUGUCUGGGCGCUUUUGACUCCGGACAUUGCGUGCUCCUCCCACCUGAGAAUGGAAUGAGUACUGAAGCGCUGGCCCUCCUUCCCUUUGAUGUGAGGGUGAGAAUGGAGCACCUGCGUGAUUAGCAGAAACUUGGAGUGACACCUAUGUAGGGACUCCAGAGGAGUGGAUUUACCGACUGGAACCAAGGAGCUUGCUUCCUGGGAAGGCUUCCUGUCUGAUGUGUAGAAGGCCCGGCAUCGUACUCAUUCUGCAAGGGGAGGCUCCAGGGGACUGAGACCAGCACGCACUGUCUCACCUUCCACUCCAGGGGACACUGCGCAGUCCUUUAUCUAGAAGUGAGAAGUACGAGAUUAUUCUUCAAGAGGAACAUUCCAGGCCUUUAGAAAUCCAAAGGUUCACACCUUGGAAGCUCCUAGGAAUGUUGACAACUCAGGAUCUGAGAGGAAGUUCUGUGCUAAUGAGUUACAGAAUUCAUGUGGGAGUAAAUGUCACUUUAUAGUCAAUAGUAAUACUGAGUGAGGAACACUAUGCAGGAAGAAACCUUCCAUAGAAAGACAGGCAGGGAGAAGCUUAGGCUGACUUUCAACUUGCCGAAUAGAGCAAGCCUGAGGUAAGCUGCCAAAAUGGCCAAAUAAGAGACUUUAUGAAGUAGCAAGCCUGUAACUAUAGUAGUUGUAAGGAAAUUUCUCCUCUAAGUCACGAUACCAAAUAGGAAAAAUGAUCUACAAGUGCCCCAUGUGCAGGGAGUUUUUCUCUGAGAGAGCAGAUCUUUUUAUACAUCAGAAAAUUCACACCGCUGAGAAGCCCCAUAAAUGUGACAAGUGUGAUAAGGGUUUCUUUCACAUCUCAGAACUUCAUAUUCACUGGCGAGAUCACACAGGAGAGAAGGUCUAUAAAUGUGAUGAUUGUGGUAAGGAUUUUAGUACCACAACAAAGCUCAACAGACAUAAAAAAAUCCACACAGUGGAGAAACCCUAUAAAUGUUAUGAGUGUGGCAAAGCCUUCAAUUGGAGCUCCCAUCUUCAGAUUCACAUGAGAGUCCAUACAGGUGAGAAGCCCUAUGUCUGCAGUGAGUGUGGAAGGGGCUUUAGUAAUAGCUCAAACCUCUGCAUGCACCAGAGGGUGCACACCGGGGAGAAGCCCUUUAAAUGUGAAGAGUGCGGGAAGGCCUUCAGGCACACUUCCAGCCUCUGCAUGCAUCAGAGGGUGCACACCGGGGAGAAGCCCUAUAAAUGUUACGAGUGUGGGAAGGCCUUCAGCCAGAGCUCCAGCCUGUGCAUUCACCAGCGGGUGCACACUGGGGAAAAGCCCUAUAGGUGUUGUGGGUGUGGGAAGGCCUUCAGCCAGAGCUCCAGCCUGUGCAUCCACCAGAGGGUGCACACCGGGGAGAAGCCUUUCAAAUGCGAUGAGUGUGGGAAGGCCUUCAGCCAGAGCACCAGCCUGUGCAUCCACCAGAGAGUGCACACAAAGGAGAGAAACCAUCUCAAAAUAUCAGUUAUAUAAAACAUUGUGCUGAGUUAAAAAAAAAAAAAAUCUUGAAACCCAUAAGUGCCACUAGGAAGGAAACCCUGUAAGUAUCUACAUUGACCCAAGAAGUUUAACAGCCAGCCCCAGCAGAACACUGUUUUUGUAGAGGCAUAUGAGAGGUUGUUUCUCUCGAUUCAUUGCUAGAUGUAUUCCACAGUUUGACUCUGAAUCUGGGAUCCCUCUAGUGUCUUCCCGAGAUGGGCUGGGGCGCCCCAGGUACGUGUGCGCUUCCUGGGACCCACGCUGUCAGUAGUGGGAAUACUAUGCAGAACCCAUGGUCAUUGCCCAGCCUUCAGAGUCACUUUGUCCAUGCUUUUCUGGAAAUUUGCCCCCCCAUACUCAUACUCCCCGCUGCGGGAGCGCAAGCCCUUCCUUCCUGUUGAUUCAAGCAUACUGGUUACUGCACCUGGAAAUGGACAGCUCCCGCUGAGAGAGUCUCCUGGUAUUUCUGAAGUCCCCAUACAACCCAGCUCCUACAUAUCUUCCCAUCGAUCCCAUUAUUUCUGAGCCCACUUGACCUUGAUGUCCAUGUACCCAGGGAUCUCCAUCCCUUCCUAGAUGGCAUUAAAUUUCAUUUUAGAUUUAGCUCAUACUUCCCAUUCACUUGGUCUAUCAGAGGAAUCAUUGGCAGACACACGUGCCCUCAAACUGUCUUUUAGUUUCAUGAAUUCUGCUGAUCUCUGUUAAUCAGACUUAAUUUUCUAGUGACUACAUCAUACUUUUAACUUGAAAGGUGUUUUUUUGUUUGUUUUUGUUUUUAUAGUUGAAUGUAAAUACUAGGGAGGAAGGCCCAGGCAAAGCUAGAGCUGUGUCCAUACAGAUUUGCCCUGUUGCGCUCCUGUUGUGGCCUGCAGAGCCCUUUACUGGGACAGGGGAGACCGUAUGAGAAGUGGACGGUAGAGACGAGUCACCAGGGACAGAUUCUAUUUCUAUAAUUUGGGACGGUACCGGGUAGGAGUCCUCAGUGCCUCAGCAUUGAAGGUUAUGUGUCAGUUCCUCUUUAGGUGUGAUUGUUGUCACUCUUGUCGUUCUUUUCUUCACUCUUUCAAUCUAUUUAUUGAACACCUGUGUGCCAGGCACUGUGCUGGUGCUGGGAAUACCACUGAAGCCGACAGACAAGGGCCCUACUCGUAGAGUUUACUUUGGGUGGAAGCGACGUGAUAAGCAAGUAAACAGAUCCAUAAUGUAGUUUGAGAUAGUGAUUAAGUGCUACGAAGAAAAUAACCUAGGGUGGCGGUUUAGAGUGGGCGGGUGGGGGUGGGGUGGUAUUAGAUAGUGGUCAGGGAGGCCUUUCUGAAGGCGGCACUGGAGCCCAGAGCACACCAGCUGGCUGUGCAGGAGACCUGGGCAGGCGUGCUCACGGUGCUUAGCAACAGAGAGGUGGCCGGGCGCCCGCACUAUUGAGCAGCAGGGACGGGGAGAGCUCCCAAGUUGUUUGGUAUCCUGAUGUUUAUAGGCCGCCUCUUUACUAGAAUAACAUUAAAAACUCAUGUGGAGGAGCUCAAGGAAUGUUUAGUGGAAGACCAAAAGUCCCCAAUGACAAGGACAAAAAAAAAAAAAAAAGUUCAUUUUUAACUUUGUUUCUUUUCUCAUUCCUGUCUUCAUGGGUUCCCACAUGUAGUCCUUUGCUCAGGAAGUCUGUGGGGGGGGGGGGAAAUUAAGGAUCUCUGAAGUUCUGAAAUGGGUGAUCAGGUUAGUGAUGUCUGUCAAACUGUCUAAGAGGCUGGAAAAUGAGGUAGCCAAAAUAGUCAUCAAAAUACUGAAAGCUUGAUUCGUCUCUUCAUACCUGGAUGCAUUUCUUCAGUUUGACUGGAAGCGGUUUUGUAUAACUUAACACCUCAGGACAUAAAGGUGUCAGAGGAGCAUAUCAUCUGUCGCUGAGUGGGUGGGCCAUGUUGCUAGAGAUGGGGACGGGAGUAAGUUUGUCCACAUCUGGACUUCAAUCCAGACAAAUCUGUGGACAAGCCUGUGGUGAGUCAUGUCACAUAUGUUGCUUCCUUUUCAAGUAGAGAAGGCAGCUUAAUGUUAAAAAGCCCCUUCCAGACCUGAAUUCAGCUACAAUUUACUGUAGUGUCUUAUCAGUCUUAUCACUCACGUCACAGUAGUAUGGAGCAUUAGAGAAAAGCCUAGACCUUUUUAGUUGAUAGCCAAUUGAAGUAUCACUGAUAAGAGUUUUAGUUUUAGGAGAAAUUGGUUUGAUUUCUAGCUUUAUUACUAUUAGGUAUGUGAGCUUGGGCAAAUCACUUAAUCUUUUGAGUCUAGUUUUCUCACUGACGAAAUGAGAACAUUAGGCUAAAUGAUUUCCAAGUUUCCAGCUAGUCCUAGAGUUCUAUAUUUCUACAUAGUUGAAUUAUUUUAUCAUGCUGUUGCUGGGGAAUAUGACUAACACUUUUGAAGCUACUAAUUUUAUGUCAAGCUUUAAAGUCCAUAAUUGUUAUCUUUGGAAAAUAUCAUUUGACCUACAGUAUGUCCAAAUCAAUUUAAUAAAAUCACUUUAUAACAGGG